ACUCAAACGAAAAAUAUUUUUUUAACUUCCGGUAGCCGGAGCAAGUCCAUGACCAUUACCAACUAAAAGCUUUGAUCUUUGCUGUUAGAGCAAGCACAAAAAACUUAAAGGAAAAUCGAGUCCAUGAUUGAUCCAACUGAAUAGCUACAAGAUGGACAGUAGGAACGUCGUCGUUUGCGACAACGGCACCGGGUAUGUCAAGUGUGGCUUUGCGGGUGAGAAUUUUCCCACAUCUGUAUUCCCUUGUGUUGUGGGGAGGCCAAUGCUAAGGUACGAAGAAUCACUUAUGGAACAAGACUUGAAGGAUACUAUUGUGGGAGAUGAUUGCUUGAAGUUGCGGCAUCAGUUGGAUAUAUCUUAUCCUGUCAACAAUGGAAUUGUGCAAAACUGGGAUGAUAUGGGGCAUGUGUGGGAUCAUGCAUUUUUCAACGAACUGAAGGUAGAUCCGACAGAAUGCAAAAUUCUGCUGACAGAUCCACCUCUCAAUCCUUCGAAAAAUCGUGAAAAGAUGGUAGAAACUAUGUUUGAGAAGUACAACUUUGCCGGGGUCUUCAUCCAAAUUCAAGCUGUUCUAACACUGUAUGCUCAAGGUUUGUUGACUGGGCUAGUCAUAGACUCUGGUGAUGGAGUUACGCAUGUUGUUCCUGUUGUUGAUGGAUACUCAUUCCCUCACCUCACAAAAAGAAUGAAUGUAGCGGGGCGCCAUAUAACUUCUUAUCUGGUUGAUUUGCUACUUCGAAGAGGGUAUGCAAUGAAUAAGAGUGCUGAUUUUGAGACCGUCAGGGAUAUUAAAGAAAAGCUGUGCUACAUUAGUUAUGAUUACAAGAGAGAAUAUCAGUUAGGGCUUGAGACUACUAUUCUUGUUAAGAAUUAUACUCUUCCAGAUGGGAGGGUACUUAAAGUUGGCACAGAGAGGUUCCAGGCACCUGAGGCUCUUUUUACUCCAGAUCUUAUUGAUGUUGAAGGUGAUGGCAUGGCAGACAUGGUAUUUCGUUGCAUCCAGGAGAUGGAUAUUGAUAACAGGAUGAUGCUCUACCAACAUAUUGUUUUGAGUGGCGGAAGUACUAUGUAUCCUGGCUUACCUAGUCGCCUUGAGAAAGAAAUUUUGGACCGCUAUCUUGAUGUUGUUUUGAAGGGGAACAAAGAUGGUUUGAAGAAAUUGCGCUUACGAAUAGAAGAUCCACCAAGAAGAAAGCAUAUGGUGUACCUUGGAGGUGCGGUUCUGGCAGGAAUUAUGAAGGAUGCCCCUGAGUUUUGGAUCAAUAGACAAGAUUAUUUAGAAGAGGGAGUUGCUUGCUUAAGCAAGUGUGGCCAGGCAUGAUUUUUACACGUCCAUCACUUGUUUAAGCUUUAUCUUUCCAAAGAAAAGCUUGGAAUUUACAGAUCAAGGCACGCUGAAAAUUGGUUGACGUAUCAAGGUCGCAAUGACUGGCAUUCAAUGAAGAAGCUCUUAUACUGUAUUUACCUCCAAAAUUCUCUAGAAUUAACUGGAAAAAAUGUCAUAUUUGAAUGUUUUUACUGCAUCUGCAGUUUAUCUGAGUUGAGCGGGGGAUUCUUUAAGGCUUGAAUUUGUACAGUCGAUAUUGAAAUACUACAACAGCAACAACAA